AUGCAGAUUGACGGGAUUCCAGAUGUCGGUGAUCAGCCCUGUCAGCCUCGCCGUGCUUCAUUUCCAAAAGUUUCGUUUGGGAAAAAAGCCCCAAAAUCAAGAUCAUUUCAAGCUGCUUGGUUCGACAACUGGCCUUGGCUUCAUUGGCACGACUCCGUUGAGAAAGUGUUCUGUCACGUCUGUGUGAAGGCUGCGAAGUCUGGCAAGCUGAAAUGCAAGACUGCUGAGCAGGCAUUCAUCUAUCGCGGAGUUCAAAACUGGAAUGAUGCCACCCGCUUAUUUCGUUCACACGCGAAAUCAGACUGCCACAGAGAAGCGGUUGAGUCACUGAUCACGCUACCUGCCACAACAAAGCACGUUGGUGAACUACUAAGAACUCAAUUGGUUGAAGACAGAAAGAGAAACCGGGCCAGCCUCCUUCGCAUUCUCAGGGCGCUGAGGUUCCUGGCACGUCAAGGUAUUGCCCUCCGCGGUUCCGCCCUCAUCAAAGAGAUUGAUAGCAAUUUGUCACAGCUUCUUCGUCUUUUUUGUGAGCUUUCUACAGAUCUCUCCUAUUGGUUGCAGAAAAAGACAAAUAAGUACACAAGUGCAGACAUACAGAAUGAGCUGCUGAAGGUGAUGUCACUUCGAAUUCUUCGAGAUGUCUCAGCCAAACUUGAAGGCACACCAUACACCAUUAUGGUAGACGAAACCACUGACGCAAGUACCCAGGAGCAGGUUGUAAUAGUUCUACGAUGGGUGGAUGAAGACCUAGAGCCUCAUGAGGAUUUUAUUGGGCUGCACAUCACUGCUUCAACUGAUGCUAAGUCCAUUGUAGCAAUUAUCAGGGAUGUUCUUGUUCGUAUGAACCUUAGUCUGACCAACUGUCGUGGUCAGUGCUAUGAUGGUGCAGCUGUGAUGAAAGGAUGUCUAUCAGGAGUUGCUGCUCAACUCACUCAAGAUGAACCACGAGCAUUUUUCACUCACUGCUAUGGUCAUAGCCUCAAUUUAGCCUGCCAAGACACCAUCAAAGACAUAAUCCCUAUCAAAUAUGCCCUUGACACAACAUUUGAACUGUCAAAACUUCUCAAGUACUCAGCAAAAAGAAAGUCUGAGUACAAGCGACUUCAAGCUGAGAUGGCUCCUCAAGACCCUGGAUUUAGGACACUAUGCCCUACGAGAUGGACUGUUCGAGCAGCUUCUCUACAGAGUGUUAUGCAAAACUUUUCGGUCAUCCAAUCCAGCUUAGACAGUUUUGCAGAUAUGGCAAAACGAGACCCAGAGAUGUCUGCUCGGUGUACUGGUGUUGCUGCUCAGUUUUCUUCAUUUGACUUUCUCUUUGGAGUAGCAUUAGGAGAAAAAGUCUUGAAGUUGGUUGACAAUCUGAGCAAAGCUCUUCAGCACAAGAAGAUGUCUGCUGCACAAGGUCAAAAGCUGAAUUCUCAAAUUUCUGGGAAAAGUUGA